UACGUGAAAAACAGACGGUAGAAAAUCCCAUAUCCCUCUCCCAAAUAUUUGGAAGAAAAUUCGAACCCUAAUUCAAUUACCUCAUCAAGUCCCCAACUCCACCACGCAAUUCAAUCCUCUUCUUCAAUUCAACCUCCAUCUUGAAACAAUACACUUCAAUUUCGCACCUUUUUUUCCCUCAAUUUUGUGGAAUAAAUAAAUGGCCACAGACGCAAGAACCAAAUUCCCAAACCCGGAUUUCCGACCCGAUUUCCAUCCGGAUCUAAUGGUAUCCACCCACGACGGCCUCCACUUCUGGCAGUUCAUGAUCGCCGGAUCCAUCGCCGGCUGCGUCGAACACAUGGCCAUGUUCCCCGUCGACACCGUCAAAACCCACAUGCAAGCCCUCGGUUCUUGCCCCAUCAAAACCGGCACCGUCCGUCAAGCUCUCCGUUCAAUUCUCCAAUCCGACGGCCCCUCCGCCCUCUACCGCGGCAUCGGCGCCAUGGGCCUCGGCGCUGGACCCGCCCACGCGGUUUAUUUCUCCGUUUACGAGACCUGCAAGAAGCGAUUCUCUGAUGGUGACCCUAGCAACUCCGUCGCGCAUGCGGCUGCUGGGGUUUGCGCGACGGUGGCGAGUGAUGCGGUGUUGACGCCGAUGGAUAUGGUGAAGCAGAGGCUGCAGCUGGGGAAUAGUGGGUAUAAAGGGGUGUUGGAUUGUGUGAAGAGGGUGAUGGCGGAGGAAGGGUUUGGGGCGUUUUACGCGUCGUAUAGGACUACUGUUUUGAUGAACGCGCCGUUUACCGCGGUGCAUUUCGCGACGUAUGAGGCUGCGAAGAGGGGGCUUAUGGAGGUCUCGCCGGAGAGCGUGGAUGAUGAGCGGUGGGUGGUUCAUGCCACCGCUGGGGCGGCCGCGGGGGCAUUGGCUGCUGUGGUUACAACGCCGCUUGAUGUGGUUAAAACUCAAUUGCAGUGUCAGGGCGUCUGCGGUUGUGAUAGGUUCAAAAGCGGUUCAAUUGGGGAUGUCAUUAAAACAAUAGUGAAAAAGGACGGAUACAGAGGGCUCAUGCGAGGAUGGAUUCCAAGGAUGCUCUUUCAUGCUCCUGCAGCUGCUAUUUGUUGGUCAACAUAUGAAGCUGGAAAGUCAUUUUUCAUAGAUUUGAAUCAGCAGAAAGAUAGUGGCACUGUUACCUAAUUAACACUUGAGUUUUAAUAUGUAUCAUCAUCUCAUCAUCCUUCAGUUCCACUAUAGAUGAUUGAUUCUGUAGGUCAACAUUGGUAAAGUGCUUCAAACUGGGGAGUGAGCAAGCAAAGGCAUUUUUUCAAAUCCUGAGUUCUGAACUCUUAAUAAUAUUCAGAGGGCACCGGAUUAGCUUCGAAUUUAGAACUUUUUCUUGUACACUGUCAGUUUUGAUAGUCAUUCUUUUCUUGGCUUAUCUUUUUGCUUUGGACAGAACAAUUUUUCCAUGAAAACAUAGAACACUUGUGUGCAACAUGGAAUUUUUUCUUUAGUUAUGAACACUGUAAGUUACAAUUAUUUGAAAGAUUAUAUUUGGUGUCCUGAAGUUAAGGAAUCACAUUUCCUUUCCCUAA